ACCGAAAGAUUGUGACUCUUUCAACCUUAGAGCCUUGUCAACUUGGGGAGAAAUCUAUCACGAAUUUGAAUUUGUACAAAGAAUAACAAUAUCUACAUAAUUCACAACAUCGGAUCUGACAUCUAAAGAAGCUUCUCAUAUUCGGCGACGAAGCCAAACAAAAUCCUUCAAAUUUUCACCUCGCGCUCAGCCGCGCAACAAUCGCAAUCAUGUCUCUCACAAACUGCCGUUUCUAUGAAGAAAAAUACCCCGAGAUCGAUAGCUUCGUCAUGGUGAAUGUCAAGCAGAUCGCAGAAAUGGGUGCUUAUGUCAAGCUCCUCGAAUACGAUAACAUCGAUGGCAUGAUUCUCCUCUCCGAAUUAUCUAGACGUCGUAUUAGAAGUAUCCAAAAACUUAUUCGUGUUGGACGUAAUGAGGUUGUCGUUGUUCUCAGAGUCGACAAGGAGAAGGGUUAUAUCGAUCUUUCCAAACGAAGAGUGUCACCUGAAGAUAUUGUAAGAUGCGAGGAACGAUACAAUAAGGGUAAAAUGGUUCAUUCGAUUAUGCGCCACGUUGCCGAAAAGACAAAGCAUCCUAUCGAGGAGUUGUACGAGAAAAUUGUUUGGCCAUUGAACAAGAAAUACGGGCAUGCUGUUGAUGCUUUCAAGCUCUCGAUAACAAACGCCGAAACUUGGAAUGAUGUCGAAUUCCCUAACGAUGUUGUCGCCGAGGAAUUAAAAUCAUAUAUUGGAAAACGUCUUACACCACAACCAACAAAAGUCCGUGCCGAUGUCGAAGUUACCUGCUUUGGAUAUGAGGGAAUUGAUGCCGUUAAGACCGCUUUAAGAACUGCUGAAGCCAGAAACACCGCCGAUAACCAAGUUAAAGUCAAGCUCGUAUCCCCACCACUCUACGUUCUCACAAGUACAUGUCUGGAAAAAUCCGUCGGUAUCUCGACUUUGGAAGCCGCAAUCGUGGACAUCAGAAAGAACAUCGAAGCCGCAGGAGGUGGAUUGAUCGUCAAGAUGGAACCCAAGGCGGUUACUGAGAACGAUGAUGCUGAAUUGCAAGCACUCAUGGAGAAGAGAGAACGUGAAAACGCCGAAGUUAGCGGAGAUGAGAGCAUGAGUGAGAGUGAUGAGAACCAGGUCGAGGUUAUGUAAAAAGGUUUCAUAUCAAAGGGGAUAUUAAAAGCAUUCAAAGGUAUUCUAAUUAAGCCAAAAUACUAGGUAUUGGUUUAUAGAUUUGUUUGCAUUGUAGGCGCAUAAUAGAGCAAUAAUAGGUUCUAAUAUGCAAAUAACGACCAAUCAAAAAGAAGUUUUCACUA